AAUGGCAUUAUUCUCUAAAGACAGCCUACUUCAGGAUGUCAAAGCUUUACAUAAGAAUGACGAAAGCUCAAUAGAUUCCUAUAGAAUCACUGAGAAUAUGAGAGUCAAUAGGAUAACUUUUGUGAUAUUUGCUCAUAUGGCAUCUAUUUUAUUCAGUCUUCUAAAUGGAUAUCUUCUGAUAAAAGAAUUAAAAAGGACGGAUAGUUUCAGUAGUUUAGGUCAAGAUAGAGCUAUGCUUGCCUUUGAAGCCGAUAUUACUGUCAUUACUUUACAUCUUAUAGUUCAUUUACCAAGUUUCUUUCUCUUCCAAUUAGUUUUAACAUUGGAGACGAGAAAAGCCUGCUUUCGGUUCAUAAGGAUAUUAAAACUUAUAUUUAUAGUGCUCUUUUUUGGUUGUAUUCUAGGAAUUGGUUCUACCAUUUAUUGGUAUUCAAGGAUAAAAACCCUCUUAGGUGAAGGAUUUAAGGCGGGAAUGAGUAAAUAUAAGGAUGAAUUACAAUUUAAGCAAGAAAUUGAUCGUUUACAAAUAAGAUUUAAGCGAGUAAUUAAGGUGAUUCUACCAUUAAAACUACUAAUUUUUGAAAUCUAUUACAACCAAUUUAGGUGUUGCGGUUACGAAAGUUAUACUGAUUGGUUCAGAGAAUCGUGGAUGCAUUCCCAAUUGCCGACAAUUAAUAGCUUUGCAGCUGUACCAUUUUCAUGCUGUGACCCUGAAGUGUUGAGACCUUGCGUUCGAUAUGAUAUUUUAAAUGAUUAUGCGCAUGCGCAUUAUAAUCACAACUAUGAUUUAACUAUAUAUAAAACUAGUUGUGAAGAGAAAAUUAAGAAUCUAAACGAACCAUUAGCCGUAGUAGCUAUUUACGUUCUGUUAGCGUUAUUAGACGUCGCAAUAGUAAAGCUAAUUCCUAUAAUAUAUAUAUCAAUAUUAUUUCUUCCCGACGACAAUGUAACAGACAAUGUUAUAAUAGUAAAGGGAAAUCAAGGUUUCGGAGAGUCGACUCUGGCAUCAAUGCAACGAAGACGAUUAAGCGAAGAAGAAAAAUUGGAUAUAGAAAUAAAGAAAGCAUCAGAAGAUCCUCUUCAUUCAAUUAUAAAGGCAACAAGGAAGAAAAUCAACUCCAGUAGAGUUAAAAUAGAUAUCGGUAUAGACAAAAUGAAAAGUCGAAGAAACUUUUGA